GAUGCCUAGUGAGCAACUCUACAGUAUAGUUGUUUCCCCAGGCCUUUGCCCAACACUUGAGGUCUAGUGCCAAGGGGACGUUCCCUCUCUCUCACACACGUACACGCCCCGUUCACCCCAGUCGGUUAGGGGAGCGGACAGUUUUCGGGAGUGUGGCGGACCUGGGGUUUGGCUUAAGUGAGUCGACUGUCUCAAAGGGCGGGGAAAAAAGGCGCCUUCGCGGCGGAGAUACAGGUCCCCAUUUAGGCUUUCGGAGGCGGAAUCUUGCGCCCGGAGGGGGGUGCAGAUAACUUUCCGAUCCGAAAAGCACCGAAAGGCAGAAACAAAACAAAACAAAAAACCCCACAACGAUCCGUCAUGCCAACUAAGCUAGGGGGCUCUGAGAAGGCAACAAGGCGUUCCGGGGGCGGCGGGGCGAAAAGGACGGUUGAGGUUCAAUUAGGGAGCUAGAAAGCGUAGAAAGAGGGUUUCGCGGGUAGCGCGUGUCAAGGGAGCGAAGGGCUGAGGAGGAACAUUCUGACACAGUUGCGCUCAAAACUGACUCUCACCCUGAAAGAAAGGAAAAACAAGGCAGGGAAAACUGUUGGCAAACUAGAAAGUAGAAAGGGAGGCGGGUGGGCGGCGGUAGAGGGGAUUCUGCCCAAGCCAAUCAGUGGCGCCAGGGCCGAUGACGUCACAGCCAAUGGACAGCCAGCGCGGGACUUUCAAUUAUUGUCCCGCCCAAUCGGGAAAAGACUGUGCCUAUAAAGACCGCUGCGGCGGACCGGAUCCCGGCUCCUCUCCUUGCGCAUUGCUGGCCGGUGAGCUCGUGUCUCGGUUCGCUAUGGCCCGUACAAAGCAGACUGCCCGCAAGUCGACCGGUGGCAAGGCCCCGCGGAAGCAGCUGGCCACCAAGGCGGCCCGCAAGAGCGCGCCGGCCACCGGCGGCGUCAAGAAGCCACACCGCUACCGGCCGGGCACCGUGGCCCUGCGCGAGAUCCGGCGCUACCAAAAGUCGACCGAGCUGCUGAUCCGCAAGCUGCCCUUCCAGCGGCUGGUGCGCGAGAUCGCGCAGGACUUCAAGACCGACCUGCGCUUCCAGAGCUCGGCCGUGAUGGCGCUGCAGGAGGCGAGCGAGGCCUACCUGGUGGGGCUGUUUGAAGACACGAACCUGUGCGCUAUCCACGCCAAGCGCGUGACCAUCAUGCCCAAAGACAUCCAGCUGGCCCGCCGCAUCCGCGGGGAGCGGGCUUAAGAAGUGUGCGCUCGGCUCGAGGUUCCAUCAUAUCCAAAGGCUCUUUUCAGAGCCACCCACAACUGCACUUGGAAGAAGCUGUGCCACUUGUCCGUUCUCUCCCGGCGGACCCUCGCAUACCCCGGGAGGAGAGGCCGUUAGAGCGGGCAGGGCGUUGGGCUCCAACAGGUAGGCUAAAGAAAGGCCAGGUAUCCGGCCUAGUCCCCUGCUUGCUGGCCGCCUUCCGGGGUGUCAAGAUCUUUGAGUGAGUUUGGUCAGUCGGCUUCUCUGGACUGGCGAGGUUGCCGCUGCGUUCUUGGGCGCGGCCAGGGCGCCCAGUUUCUCUUCUUGGAGGCAGCCACGGGUCCUCCCGUAGGGUCGGGCUCUUCUAGGGCGUCUUCGUACUCGACCGUGGCCCAG